AUUAAGAAAUGGGAAAAGUAUAUUCUACUUUGAUGCGACCAAUUCGCACAUUUAACAUAGUGCAUCGUGCGCAUGAUGUUAUUUCAAAAGAGAAACCAACAGCUGCACCACAAUAUCCUUCGACAGCUAAGCAAAAAGAACUUGUAGAUAAGUUGGAUCCGGAUUUUAUGAAAAAACAUUAUGAAAAGAAUGCUCAAUUAGACAGUCGCUUGAAAGAGGUUUAUGUCACCUCCAAUGAUCCAAAUAAUGAAUCAGCAAAGCAGCCAGCCUCAUCUAGGCCAUUACCAUUAGACAGAACUAUCUCUCCUUCGUUUGAAUUUGGAUUCUAUGAGUCUCGUGUGAUUCCUGAGGGUAAAUGUUCUCUAAGGCAGGCUUUGACUUUUCUUGGAGAUCAUAAUAAUAACCCUACUGAAUAUACCACAGAAAAAAUAGCACUUGAGUAUAAGUUAGAUAAACAAGUAGUAGCGAAUAUUAUUGAACAUUUUAGUGUUCCUAGGAUGGUUACAGCACAAAAAAAUGAGGAAAAGAGCAUACAAAAAAAGUAAUCUGUAGUCAUUGUAUCCAAAAAUAAUAUAAGUAUUUAGAUAUUGUUGUGUAAAUAAUAACAUGUUAAAGGUAAUAAAAACUGUGUUUACUUCAA